AUGCUUAUAUUUUUAUAUGCAGGAUGCAAAAUUCCUCCAGAGAAGUUAUUACAGCUAUUUAAAGCAGAUGAAGUUCCAAAGGAUAUUGUGAUGGGAAUAAAUAUCAGGAAGCAGAAGGAUCAUUUUGAAGAAAACUUCAAUGGUAUAAAGAGUACAGACAGCAGUGUGAAUUGUAGUCAACAGCCAUCACUUGUGACAUCACAGUUGCAUCACCCUACAUGGAACCUCCAGCAGAGGUCUCAGCCUGGAAAGGACAUUGAUGAGGUUUAUCUCACUGAUGUACCACAGCUUCCAUCAGAGCAUCACUGCCACCAAACCCCUGAAUGUGACACUGGAACACCUGCAGCACAUCACCUGACAGAGUAUCUAUCACUGCAUAGUCAGCCAGUGAAGGUCUGUGAUGAGCUUUCUCUUACUUCUAAUCCAAGACUUCACUCAGGACAUGGCUGCAGCAGGAGCUCUGAACAUGACACAACUAAGAGGUUAGGCACACACAAAGAAAAGCACAAAUGUGCUGAAUGCAGUAAGUCUUUCACAUGGGCCAGCAGACUGAAAAGGCAUCAAGUCGUUCACACAGGACUGAAACCAUAUAAAUGUACUGAAUGCAGUAAGUGUUUCACACAGCUAAGUCAUCUUCAGUCACAUCGUGUCAUUCACACAGGCACGAAACCACAUAAAUGUACUGAAUGUGGUAAGCCUUUCACAUGGGCUUCUAACCUGAAAAGGCAUCAGGUCAUUCAUACAGGACUGAAACCAUAUAAAUGUACUGAAUGCAGUAAAUGUUUCACACAGCUAAGCGGUCUUCAGGCACACUGUACCAUUCACACAGGACUGAAACCAUAUAAAUGUGCUGAAUGCAGUAAAUGUUUUACACAGCGAAGACAUCUUCAGGCACAUUGUGCCAAUCACACAGGCAUAAAACCACAUAAAUGUACCGAAUGUGAUAAGUCUUUCAUAUGGGCCUCUUACCUGAAAAGGCAUAAAGUCAGUCACAGAGGACCAAAACCAUAUCAGUGUUCUGAAUGCAGUAAGUGUUUCAGCGAACUCAGCAAUCUUCAACGACAUUAUGUCAUUCACACAGAAUUGAAGCAAUAUGAAUGUACUGAAUUCGGUAAGUGUAUUACAUUUCUCAGCAGUUUGCAACAGUGUCAUGCCACUCGUAUGAAGAGUACAGACAGCAGUGUGAAUUGCAGUCAACAGCCAUCACUUGUGACAUCACAGUUGCAUCACCCUAGAAGGAACCUCCAGCAGAGGUCUCAGCCUGGAAAGGACAUUGACAAGGUUUAUCUCACUGAAGUACCACAGCUUCCAUCAGAGCAUCUGUGCCACCAAGCCCCUGAAUGUGACACUGGAACACCUGCAGCACAUUACACAACAAAGCAUCUACCACCGCAUACUCAUUCAGUGAAAGUGUAUGACGAGCUUUCUCUUGCUCCUUCUCCAAGACUUCACUCAGGACAUGGCUGCAGCAGGAACUCUGAAUGUGACACAACUAAGAGAUUUCACACAAAGAAUGAAACGUACAAAUGUGCUGAAUGUAGUAAGUCUUUCACACGUGCCAGUGGUCUGAAAAAGCAUCAAGCCAUUCACACAGGAUUGAAACCAUAUAAAUGUUCUGAGUGCAGUAAGUGUUUCACACAGAUAAGCAAUCUUCGACGGCAUCUUGUUACUCACACAGGAGAGAAACGAUAUAAAUGUAUUGAGUGCAGUAAGUGCUUCACACAUCUGACUAGUCUUCAGGCACAUCAUAUGGUUCACACAGGACUGAAACCAUAUAAAUGUACUGAAUGUAGUAAGAGUUUCACACGGCUAAGCAGUCUUCGACAGCAUUUUUUCAUUCACAAGGGAGGAAAGCAAUAUAAAUGUACUGAAUGCAGUAAGUGUUUCUCUUGGCGAAGCAGUCUUCGACAGCAUUUUGUCAUUCACAAGGGAGAAGACAGGAAAUGGAAAACAAGGAAUGCAGCUCGGCUUGGCUCAGCAGCUAUCCCUAUCCUGUUCAGCAGUAUUGAAAAGGGGCCUGGCUCAGCAGCUAUCCCUAUCCCAUUUGGCAACAUUGAAAAGUGCUUAGCUCACUCUCAGGCUCAGCAAAUCUAG